AUGUCGCCCAAGACGUCCCCUAAAGUUAUAGUUCCCGGCAUAGAGUAGAGCACAAAACAAAUGAAUUGAUAAGCGUACUUGUAUUCCAGACCUCACCCACCAGCAGCGGCGGAGACUAUAGACUCCGACGACCAGUCCUUGCGCGUCCGACCGACGUGCUCUUGCACUUUUCCUCGUUCCACGCGCGACGGCGGUGGUUCGGGGUCGACGAAACCCACUGAUCUAACUUACGACGCGAGCGCCACUCCUAACGCCUUUGCCUGGACCUUUCUAACAAUGUUCCUCUCUGUUUCAAUGAGUUUCGGCGUUGACCGAACCUCAAUUUGCCCUCUAAUCAGUUUACUCACAAUCAUAUGCAAGUUCGGACGUUUUCGAACUCCAACCAGCAACAUUCGGAACCUUAUGAGUAAGAUAUGAUGAAGGAUCAGACGAUAGUACAAAAAGAAGUGGGGGUUUGGCGUUCUAGUGCGAUCAAAUGCUGUUUAUCUUAGGAUUUGAUAGUUUUACUUAGAAAUUGUUUUAAUAAUUUGCUUCCACUCAUUUGUCUAUGUUGUAAAAGUUUGUAAUGGUUAUGUUCCCACAUUGUUAUUUUAAUAGAUGUAUCGGAAAAUAUGGGCUGUUAGCGCUUUCUCAUUCUAAACUCAAAACAUUAAGAUGUUUCCUCUUUGCUGCAAAGUAUGGCACAGGUUUGGCUCCUUGUGCCUUCACGGAGUCAAAUAUGGCGGAAAGCCAAGAUUGGAACCCUGCCACUGCCCCUUUCACUGGCGUCCUCCAAGACGAAGACCUUCUUCGAACGACCCACAUUUCUUCUUCUGAUGUUUCCUCUAGUUCUACUGGGCUCUAUGUUCUGGACCUCAUCAACUGUGGUUCUUUAGAACCCGAACGAACACUUUACAGUAAAAUGCUAAACAAAUGCACAUACUUGCGCAAACUUAAGCAGGGCAGAGCCAUUCAUGCCCACAUCCAGAGUUCUGCGUUUGAGAAUGAUCCGGUACUUCUGAAUUUUAUCUUAAACAUGUAUGCGAAAUGUGGCAGUCUUGAGGAAGCACAGGACCUAUUCGAUAAAAUGCCUACAAAAGACAGGGUUAGUUGGACUGUGCUGAUCAGUGGCUAUUCUCAGAGCAGGCGAGCAUCUGAAGCUCUUGCUUUGUUCCCUAAGAUGCUCCACCUGGGUUUCCAACCCAAUGAGUUCACCUUGUCUAGCCUAUUGAAGGCAUCUGGGGCUGGCCCUAGUGACGACCAUGGCAGGCAACUUCAUGCAUUCUCCCUCAAAUAUGGCUAUGAUAUGAAUGUUCAUGUGGGAAGUUCAUUGCUCGAUAUGUAUGCUAGGUGGGGACAUAUGCGAGAAGCCAAAGUGAUUUUUAAGAGCCUGGCUGCGAAAAAUGUGGUGUCUUGGAAUGCUCUAAUUGCUGGUCAUGCUCGGAAGGGUGAAGGGGAGCAUGUGAUGAGGUUGUUCUCGCAGAUGCUAAGACAGGGUUUUGAACCUACACAUUUUACAUACUCUAGUGUUUUUACUGCGUGUGCGAGCUCUGGAUCUUUGGAGCAAGGCAAAUGGGUUCAUGCCCAUGUAAUAAAAUCUGGUGGACAGCCCAUUGCUUAUAUAGGAAACACUCUCAUUGACAUGUAUGCUAAAUCAGGCAGCAUCAAGGAUGCAAAGAAGGUCUUCCAGAGGUUGGUUAAACGGGAUAUAGUUUCAUGGAACUCGAUUAUAUCGGGAUAUGCGCAACAUGGACUGGGAGCUGAAGCUUUACAACUAUUUGAGCAGGUGUUGAAGGCCAAAGUUCAACCUAACGAAAUUACUUUUCUCUCUGUUCUUACUGCUUGUAGCCAUUCUGGGCUUUUGGAUGAAGGGAAAUAUUAUUUUGAACUGAUGAAGAAACACGGGAUAGAACCACAGGUUGCACAUCAUGUAACAGUUGUUGAUCUUUUAGGUCGAGCGGGACGGCUUAACGAAGCCAACAAGUUCAUAGAGGAAAUGCCUAUGGAACCUACCGCAGCUGUCUGGGGAGCCUUGCUUGGUGCUUGCAGGAUGCAUAAGAAUAUGGAUUUGGGUGUUUAUGCUGCUGAAAAGAUUUUCGAGCUUGACCCUCAUGACUCUGGUCCUCAUGUACUGUUGUCUAAUAUUUAUGCUUCUGCUGGUAGAUUGCGUGAUGCAGGAAAUGUAAGGAAGAUGAUGAAAGAGAGUGGGGUAAAGAAAGAACCUGCCUGUAGUUGGGUUGAAAUUGAGAAUGAAGUCCACAUGUUUGUGGCAAAUGAUGAUUCACAUCCAAUGAGAGAAGAAAUCCAGAGGAUGUGGGAGAAAAUAAGUGGGAAAAUUAAAGAGAUCGGGUAUGUGCCAGACACAAGCCAUGUGCUUUUCUUCAUGGAUCAGCAGGACAGAGAAGUAAAGCUACAAUACCAUAGCGAGAAGUUAGCAUUAGCAUUUGCAGUGUUGAAAACUCCUCCUGGGUUAACCAUUAGGAUUAAGAAGAACAUUAGAAUAUGUGGUGAUUGCCACUCUGCAUUCAAGUUUGCUUCAAAAGUCUUGGGAAGAGAAAUCAUUGUAAGAGACACCAACAGGUUUCACCAUUUCCUUCAUGGCAUGUGUUCUUGCAGGGACUAUUGGUAGCUUAUAAGUUGUUGAAUACUAAAAUCUGUCAUUUUAUA